AAUGCUCACAAGGGCAUUAGCCAAAUAGAUGCGUCUAGGUAGAUAUUAAAGAUAAAGAGUAUAAUAGGAUUCUCCGCUGCUAAGAAGCAAGCAGAGACAGGCAAAGCAGCGACAACUACAACAGGAUAAAUCGCUUAAGUGAUUGGUGCUGUCGUCGACGUACAGUUUGAUGGACCUCUUCCUCCAAUCUUAAAUGCAUUGUAAGUGUAAGGAACAAGUCAUAAAUUGAUCUUGGAAGUGGCUUAACAUUUGGGUGAUAGUAGAGUUAGAACAAUUGCCAUGGAUUCCACUGAAGGAUUGAUUCGUGGUUAACCAGUUUCAGAUUUAGGAGGUCCAAUUACAAUUCCAGUUGGUCCAGAAACUUUGGGACGUAUUAUGAAUGUCAUUGGUGAUCCAAUUGAUGAAAGAGGCCCAAUUGAAACAAAAAUUAGAUAUCCAAUUCACAGAGAAGCUCCAAGUUUUGUAGAUCAAGGUAGUGGUGCUGAAAUUUUGAUCACUGGUAUCAAGGUGGUAGAUUUAUUGGCUCCAUAUGCAAGAGGAGGAAAGAUUGGAUUGUUCGGUGGUGCAGGAGUAGGAAAAACAGUGCUUAUUUAAGAAUUGAUUAAUAAUGUGGCUAAAGCUCAUGGUGGUUAUUCAGUAUUUGCAGGUGUAGGGGAAAGAACAAGAGAAGGAAAUGAUCUUUAUCAUGAAAUGGUUGCAUCAGGAGUUAUCAAUUUAAGUGGUGGAUCAAGAUGUGCUCUUAUUUAUGGAUAAAUGAAUGAGCCCCCUGGUGCUAGAGCCAGAGUUGGUUUGACUGGUUUAACAGUUGCAGAAUAUUUCAGAGAUGAGGAAGGAAAAGAUGUGUUGCUUUUUAUUGACAACAUUUUCAGAUUCACAUAAGCAUGUUCAGAAGUGUCAGCCUUGUUAGGUCGUAUUCCAUCAGCUGUCGGUUAUUAACCAACAUUGGCAACAGAUUUAGGUUAAUUAUAAGAACGUAUUACAACAACAAAGAAGGGAUCUAUUACAUCAGUCUAAGCAAUUUAUGUACCUGCAGAUGAUCUUACAGAUCCAGCACCUGCUACAACAUUUGCUCACUUGGAUGCUACAACUGUGUUAUCAAGAGCAUUAACAGAAUUGGGUAUUUAUCCAGCUGUCGACCCAUUGGAUUCUUCAUCUCGUAUGAUGGACCCAAAUAUUGUAGGUGAAAAGUAAUUAACUAAAAUUAAAUAAUAUUAGACAUUAUACAGUUACAAGAGGAGUUUAGAAAUUAUUGUAAGAUUACAAAUCACUUCAAGAUAUCAUUGCCAUUUUGGGUAUGGAUGAAUUAUCUGAAGAUGAUAAACUCACUGUUUCCAGAGCCAGAAAAGUACAAAGAUUCCUUUCAUAACCAUUCUUCAUGUCCGAAGUCUUCUCAGGAAGAAAGGGUAAAUUCGUAUCACUUAGCGAUACUAUUGCUGGAUUCAGAGGUAUUUUUUUAUUAAAAAAUAUUCUAGCUUUACUUGAUGGUGAAGGUGAUGAAUACCCAGAAAAUGCAUUCUAUAUGCAAGGAACAUUUGAAGAUGUCAUUGAAGAAGCUAAAAGAGUUGCUGCAGAAACCACCAAAUGAA